CUGCACUUUUCUUAUUAUCUGCAUCCUCAUCCUCAUCCCCCCUUUUCAUCACCUUUAUUUUUCACUUAACAAUACAAUGGGGUCGUUGGCGCCAGCAGAGGGCACACUUUGCGAGCAAAAGCUCGCCGACGCAUACGACGCCGUGGCCAAUAUCGACCGACUUGUCGAAAAGGCGUACGAAGCGCACACGAUACUUUUCAAGAUCUUCGGCGACAUCACUGGCGUCAGCUCUAUCCGCAAGGACAAGUCGAUAGCAGAAGCCACGCACACGGAUAUUUCCAACUCCCUGGACGCGUUGCGCACAAUGGUGGGCGCGAUCUCGCAGCAGCAGGAGACGCUGGAGCGGCUGGAGAAGAAGCCCCAGGAGAAGCUCAUUUCAGACGAUGUGCGGCAGUUGCUGGCCGAGUACUCGCCGUACGUGCGGCUGUUGACUGAACAGGGUGGGGUGCGGGCGACGGACGAGGCGAUUGAUGGGGCAGUGAGAGACCUGGACAUGUCGGCGAUGCGCCUACAGAUCGGUGACUUUGGCGAAUCCCUGGCGGAGGACGCCUUGGACAGGCACAUUGUUGUUCUGCAGGAGCGGCAUCCGCAACUGCACAUUGAGAAGCACACUGUGGCCGAGCGCACCAGGCUUCUGGUUGUGCGCAUUCCGACGAUCAUUCAAAUGUCAAUAAACCUCAAGCAGGUCGAGGGCAGUGGCGAGUUUGAGGUGAAUUCCAUCCACGUGAUUAGCGACGACGAAGAGGGCCCGUUUUCGAGGUUCCGCGUGUUUAAUCGGAUUGCGCACGACUCGAACAUUAUUUGGUUUUCGAUUGCUGGGUUUUCGGUCGAGCAUCGGUUGACCAAGGUUGUGCAGUGGUUUGCGCUUUUUGACAAUUUGUUUUCUGCCACAUGCAGUGUCUGCGCUCAGCAUCUGCAGAUGGACCCAAGGACGUCACAGUAUCUGCCGCCGCUGUGGCGUGAUAUCGACAUCAAGUCCACCGGGCCCAACAAGGCCUUCCACUACGCGUGUCUCGAAUCAGCAUAAAGCCCACGUAAUCAAGUUGACUUUGUGAAACGAUCAAAGGAUGAUUUUCUCAAUUUUGAGCAAUUACAGUAAAAAAUCGACUUUAUUUUUUCUUUAUUUUUCUCUUUACAAAAUAA